AUGUCGAGCCCCAACGAUCAGUUUUACAUGCGAUACUACUCCGGUCACUCUGGACGAUUCGGGCAUGAGUUUCUGGAAUUUGACUUUCGUGUCGUCGGCGAUGGACGCAGCGCUGUUGCACGAUAUGCCAACAACUCCAACUACAGAAAUGACAGUUUGAUUCGCAAAGAGAUGUGCGUGAGCGCUCUGGUUAUCGACGAGAUCAAGCGCAUCAUCAAGACGAGCGAGAUCAUGAAGGAAGACGACUCCAAGUGGCCACAAAAGAACAAGGAUGGACGCCAGGAGCUUGAGAUCCGGCUGGGAAAUGACCAUAUUUCAUUCGAGACGGCCAAGAUCGGCUCAUUGGUGGACGUGACGGAAUCGGCAGACCCCGAGGGACUGCGCGUGUUUUACUACCUGGUUCAGGAUCUGAAGGCGCUCGUCUUCAGUCUGAUUGCUCUGCACUUCAAGAUCAAGCCCAUCUAA